AUGCAAUGCUUUAAAAAGUUCUUUUGAUUUAAAGCGAUUCCAAAGAGACUUGGACUGAUAAAUUGGUAUUUGCCUAAAUUUUCAUUGUGUUAUUGAAUUUAUCUGGAGAAGAUAAUUGAAAGAUACGCAAAAGGUUUGAUCCUUAAAUUAACGCAGAUUUUUAAUUUUUUAAACAAAAAUUUUAAUUAUUGUGGAAAACAAAAAAUUAAACCGAGUUAA